AAACAGACGACCAGAAAAGAAUAGAUUUUUACGUUUUAGAUAGAAAGAAAACGAAAACGAAAAGAUGCAACCUUUUUCCUUUUCCUUUCACGGCAGCCAAACACCCAAUUCCCAGAAACAAAAACCCUAAUCCGAGGCUCCCCUUUUGACCUCCCCGUUCGAUCGAAUCGGUUAAAUUAUUGUUCAUCGCGAGAUAGGUAGUUUGUGAUUUGCGUGAAAUCGUUGUUCUGUUUGUUGGGAAGAAAUUAGGGAUUUUUUGGUGGUGUUGGGAUUAGAUUGGUCGGUGCUGUAUGAUCGGGACGAAGGGAUUGGAGGUAAGAUUAGACUAGAAGGGGAAAAGGGGCCAAGAGCGAGAGAGAGAGAGAGAGAGAUAGGAAGAAGAAAGAAGAGAGGUUUCGAUCAGAAACUAUGUCUGCCAUAGUGUGCGGGAAGAGAUCCUUCUUUGAAGAGUUGAAUGUGACAAGCCCGCCUGUUACCAAGAGAAUCCGUUGUUCUUCGUCUUCCCCCGUUCGUUUCUCACCUCCGAGACCCAGCCCAGCCAGCAGCUUCUCCACCCCACCGCGCGCCUCUUCUUCUGCGCAUUUGGUCGAACAGCUCGCCGCUAUUUUCCCUGAGAUGGACAAGGAGCUCCUUGAGAGAGCACUUGCAGAAUGUGGGGAGGAUUUGGAUUCAGCCAUAAGGAGCUUGAAUGAGCUUCGAUUAGGAUCGGCUGAUAAGAAUUUGGAUUCUGAUGGUGGGAAGGGUGAUGGACUCCUUGAUGCUAAUGGCAAUGUCCAAGGCGUUGGACCAACCAAUUCAGAGGUUCCAGCAGCUGAGGAUCCUUCAGUCCCAACACAUAUUCAAAUGGAUGGUGUAGAGUGGGUUGAGCUGUUUGUUAGAGAAAUGACUAGUGCCACCAACAUGGAUGAUGCCAAAGCACGCGCAUCAAGAGCUCUGGAAGCUCUUGAGAAAUCAAUCUAUGCCCGUGCAGGUGCAGAAGCAGUGAAAAACUUUCAACUGGAAAAUCUAAAGCUGAAGGAACAAGUCCAGUUACUCAUACACGAGAACACUAUCCUCAAGCGAGCUGUAUCAAUUCAACAUGAGCGGCAGAAGGAGUUCGAGGACAGGAACCAGGAAAUGCAGCAUUUGAAGCAGCUGGUGGCUCAAUAUCAGGACCAAUUGAGAACCUUGGAGGUGAACAACUAUGCAUUGACGAUGCACCUCAAGCAGGCUCAGCAAAGCAGCUCGAUCCCCGGGCGGUUCCAUCCCGAUGUCUUCUAAUUUGAUUAUACAUACAACUUGCUGAAGCAGAUAUUUAUCGAAAUAGACGAUCCGCCCCUCAUGCACUGCGAGUAUGUUUUAUAUUUUGGUGUUUGGCAUGCAUAGAUUUCAGUUCUUCCUUUGAUUCUUUCCUAAAAGGUUGGCCAAGAUUGAACUUGGAUAGCCUAUAUCAUUUAUCAAGCGUCUGGGAUGUGUGCUUGGGGUGUAGUUCAUUCCUGUCUGUACUUUGUUUUAAAAUGUUGUUCAAGCGUGUGAAUCUUAUACACUUCAGACAGUUUAAUUUCUUAUCUGAAUAAUAGCAGAAUGAACCCUCGUCGGUUUGUUUUACUUAAGGAUUUAGGUUUGCAUUAUAAGUUGACUAUACCCGGAUCUGUGCUUCGAACC